GAAGCUGCCUUCCACAUCACUUGGGCUCAGGUCAGAUUGACCCUCCAUUACCAAAUCUCAAUAACAGGUCCAGAGUCCUCCACAGCUUCUUGCCUGUCCCACUGAGCUGGAUGUGCUUGCAAAAGAGCAAAUGGGGAAACAAAGCAGGACCUUUGACCCCUUGCUACCACUAUAUUAGCUCUGCAUAAAUGCCGGGGUCUCAUAAGCACCCACCUCAGCUUGGACCUGAGAAAGAGAGAAAGCAGAACAGGUCUCUCUGUGUAGAGAGCAGAACCGGUACUCAAACCAUGCUGCAAUCCAGGGCAUUGGUGAUAGCUCUGAUUCUGCUCCUUAGCACCACUCUCCCCGAAGUGCAGUCAAAAUCCAUCUUUGAGAGAGACCGUCGUGACUUGCUGGCCAUCCCUGAAGCUAUUGUAUCUUACUGCUAUGAAGCAUUUAACAAGGUGUCUCCUAAAGUCAGUCAGUUCUUGUUGGAUACUGUCCAGAGUCCAACAGUUAUUGCGGCCAGACAGAGAAUCGCCAAAGAAGCAACUAAAGUCAGUAUAAUGCUUGAACAGCUGAUUGAAAAAAUAAAGAACAUGUGGUACACAAGAAUCCUAGGCUAUUAGCCAAAUGAAGACAAGCCAGUGUUUCCUGAUAGGGAACCCACCUUCAAAGACCAAAAGAUGGAAGGCAUCUGCUGAAGGCAUCUGCUGAAGCUUCUCCGGAAAAAAAAUCAAGCGGCUGGGCGCGGAGAAGGCAAUAUAGAGAUUGUAGAGUUCUUCCGUAGCCAAAUCUUGAAAAUUAAUUCCUCCUGACUGGCUUGGUCAUUGCCCCUCUAAUAAAAAAAUGUUGGUUGUUACACUUC